AUGUGGCACAGUAAGGAGUACGUGGCCCGCACAUGCGGCGCUGGCGGCCUUGGCGAUGCUAUUGCAGAUCACCGAGGUGGGCAUGAUGGUUGUGCAGACGGCAGCCGGCAGCCGGCAGCCGGCAGCCGGAUGAGGCAUCAGGUGCAGCAGCAGCAGCAGCAGCAGCAUCAGCGGCAGCAGCAGCGGCAACGGCAGUUGCGUGGAGCAGUGAGGAGAUGGGCAUUGUGUGAUUAGAGAUGGAUUGGUCGGUUGCAUUGCGCAUGAGGAUGGUUGUGCCGAAUGUCUACUAAGUGCAACUGAGGUAUGCCUUGCAUGAUGGUCACAGAGUUAGCAGGUAUAUUUAUGUGGGAUUCUUGUCUAAUUUUAGGAGUCGUGCCUUGCUUUUUUGUUUUGUUUUUACCCGUAUUAUGGCAAUUUGUUUAUUUCACUUCUCCUUUUCUCUUUCCUUUUUAGGUGAGAUGGGUUUGCUCCCGGCUACGGGAAGUGACGUAUCGCAUGAAUCAGGUUUGUCCAUUCUUACGAUUAUGACGUCAUUUGGAACUUGUGCAUUCUUCAUGCGCACAUCCUCAUGCCUCUCUGUCUGCACCUACAUAUAUAUGUUGCAGUAGUUAGCAUUGCGCAAGUCAAUGCAAUUUUAUGAAUUUUGUGUUCAUUUUUUUGCCUUGCUGUUUUUGUACGGCCUGAGGCCGAUUUUUGUUGAAUAUUGCUUUAAAUUUUUUAUUGCGAAAUCUUCACCCCCAGAUACCCCUAUGCCGCUGA